GAGCUAGAAAAAAGGUGCGCUUCCCCAGCAGCCUGGAGCCACGUUAGCCCAGUCAGAAACCUGGAGCUGGUCAGCAAUCCACAACUUGCUGCGGACGCGUAUAGGCAGUGUUUUGUUGUUGUUUUUUUAGCAUGAGACAAAACCGCUAACGAACUGGCUAACACUAUGUGUUGAAGACACCAGUGGAGAUGUGUUAUAGGCUACACUGGCUACCAAGGACCUACCUGGCUGCCCAGUCUAUCGACUGACAGCUGUCACCUAGCUGCUUAGCUCGGGAGCUAGCUAGGUGAGCUAACGGCUAACUGGGGAUUCUUUUUUAGGCUAGCAGCCAGCCGGUGUUGGUGUCGUUUCAGCCAGAAAACAAUGACUUCUUGAACAUUUGACUCCGCCUGUUGGCCAAACCAUGAGUUAGCAGAGGCUCUUCAGACAACAGUGUUUGGCAUUAUUUCAAGCUAGUUCAACUAUUUUUUUUAGCUGCAAGGUAGCUUACUGCUAUCAUUCAGUUAUUAAAAAGCUACUGCAGGAGGAAAACACCGGUUCCUCGGUGGAUUAGGACCUACUAUAACUUGCUGCCGCCAUUGUUUUCGACUCUGAACUAUUUUUUGGACUUCGGCCUACUCUCGAUAGCAUCUGGGUGAAAUGAAGAAAUUUUUUGACUCUCGUCGGGACUUUGCGGGCUCUGGGCCUGGUUCGGGAGCUGGUGGAGGAGGCACUGGUUCUGGCGGCGGUGGGAGCUUUAUUGGACGGGUCUUCAGCAUCGGAAGAUAUCAAGUGACUGUCGAGGAAAUUGUUGCAGAAGGAGGUUUUGCGAUUGUGUUUCUGGUGAGAACUCACCAAGGGCAACGUUGUGCUCUAAAAAGAAUGUAUGUCAACAACGAACAUGAUCUCAGGAUCUGCAAACUUGAGAUACAAAUUAUGAGAGACCUGGUAGGCAACAAAAACAUAGUUGGUUUCCUGGACUCCAGUAUAGCAGCUGUGGGAGCCGGAGAUGUGUGGGAAGUCUUGAUCUUAAUGGACUUCUGCCGAGGUGGGCAGGUGGUUAACCUGAUGAACCAGCGAUUACAGACCGGCUUCAGUGAAACUGAGGUGCUGAGGAUCUUUUGUGACACAUGUGAGGCCGUCGCUCGGCUUCAUCAGUGCAAAACUCCCAUCAUCCAUCGAGACCUCAAGGUGGAAAAUAUUCUCCUGCAUGAUCAGGGGCACUAUGUGCUCUGUGAUUUUGGAAGUGCCACAAAUCAUUUCCAAAACCCACAGACUGAAGGGGUUGCAGUCAUAGAAGAGGAAAUAAAAAAAUACACCACCCUGUCGUACCGUGCUCCAGAGAUGGUCAACCUUUAUGGUGACAAAAUCAUCACAACAAAAGCAGAUAUUUGGGCUUUGGGUUGUCUGCUCUAUAAGGUCUGCUUCUUUACGCUUCCCUUUGGUGAGAGCCAAGUGGCUAUCUGUGACGGUAGCUUCACUAUCCCAGACAAUUCUCGUUACUCCCAGGAAAUGCAUUGUCUCAUCAGAUACAUGCUGGAACCCGAUCCUGACAAGAGACCAGAUAUUUACCAAGUGUCCUACUUUGCCUUCAAACUGGCCCGGCAGGAGUGUCCUGUCCCAAAUCUGCACAAUUCCCCAAUUCCUUCAAAACUUCCUGAGCCUAUCCGAGCCAGUGAAGCAGUGGCCAAAAAGAGUCAAACCAAAGCCAGGCUAACAGACCCAGUUCCAACUACAGAAACCUCUAUUGCACCUCGACAGCGACCCAAAGCUGGCCAGCCGCAGUCGCAGCCUUUAUCAGGCAUUCUUCCCAUCCAACCAGCUCUCACCCCACGCAAGAGGCCUAAUGUGGCGACAGGAACACCACCGGCUUUUGCAGUUGGAAUCAAUGCCACAGCUGCUGUUCAACCUGCACAGCAAGCUCCAGCUGUACAGGCUGCUCAUCAACUAACGCAGACGAGCAACAAGCAGCCGCAGCCUACGACACAUCAGCAGGUCCUCAUGAAGACACAGCAGGCCUCACCCUUCCUAAUCCCUCACAAUAACCAGCAGAACCUGCAGCACCAACAACAAACACCCUCCCAUGCAUCUGCUGUGCUGCAGUCCAAAGCUAAACCUGUUUUCCCAGUUUCCACUCUGCAUCUUCAGCAGCAGCAUGUAGUCCACGAACCAGCCGCAGCUCAUCUUGCUCCCAUUCCUGAGUCUGCAGUCAUUUCUCCUACAGCUGCCCCAGAGACCCCAGGCAGAGAGAUGCACAAAGCUGGCUCUUUGACACCUCCUUCGUCACCAAAGAUGGCCCCAAAAAGUGGCCACAGACGAAUCCUGAGCGAUGUCACCCACAGUGCCAUCUUUGGAGUCCCAGUCAGCAAAUCCACCCAGCUGCUCCAGGCAGCCGCAGCUGAGGCCAGCCUCAACAAGUCCAAGUCAGCCAGCACCACUCCUUCUGGCUCCCCCUGCUCGUCCCAGCAAAAUGUGUAUCAUCCAGGUGGUGACGCUCCAUCGGCGCUCGCUGCACCAAAUGCUCAGCCUGGCUGGAACCCCUUUGGAGAUGAUAAUUUCUCCAAGCUAACUGCGGAGGAGCUGCUCAACAAAGACUUUGCAAAGUUAUCUGAGUCUGCUCAGCCUGGUGAAAUAGACCUCACCUCCAGUGAAAGUCUCAUUCCAGAGCUCGGGGCUUUUCCAGCAAAGGCUGAGGUGUGUGUGGAUUCCUUGAUUCCUGGUUUGGAAGCUCCUCAGCCUCAGUGCCAUUCAGGUCAGCCAGAACGUAUUGCUGCCAGCAUGCCAGAUUCUUUCACUAGGGAGGCAUCUCUGCUGGGCUGUGAUUUGCUAACUCAUACUGCUGCUGGAAGCCAGCCUGUCUCAGCACUCCCUUCCUCCUUCUCCUCUGGCCCUCCUGGCUGCGGCUCCGGAUCCUGUCUGGAGGAUCUGCAACCCAGUCAGGCUGCCGACUCUUUCCUCUUGUCUGGUGGGAAAAAGGGCAAUGAUGAAGAGUUUGACCCCAUUCCUGUGCUCAUUCCCAAAAACUCAAAUCAAGGUGGUCACACUCACAGCAACAGUGGCAGUUCAGAGUCCAGCAUCCCCAACUUGGCGCGCUCCCUUCUGCUGGUGGAUCAGCUCAUCGACCUCUAGAGGGGUGGGAGAGGUCGAAGGGGCAGAAUGCAAUCCUAAAAAGAAAAAAAAAAAAAAAAAUGAAAAGGGUGUUGGAGAGACAGGCACUUACUGUAUCAACCUGUUUGAAGUGAGGAAAAGCCAGCAUGGAUUGGUUCAGUAGAGCCUUUCUGUUUAUGUGCCUCCUUGGCCUCAACUCCAUCUCUAGCAGCGUGAUAAGCUGGUUUCAUGCAUCUCUGCUGGCCGUUGACAUUUCCACGCUGGUAAUUUUAUUUCUUUCUUUCCUUUUCUGUUCAUGGCUGAGCAUAUCGUCUGCUUCUGUCCUGGCUUCACCAUGGUCUUUUUGGGGUUUUCUUUGUUUUUUCAUGCUUCCUUGUUCUUGCAAUAAUGUCCCUCGUUGAUUUAUUUUUAUUAUUUUUACACCCAUGGUGAUUGACUGUCAUGGCGUGCACUGCUUGGUCACAGGUCCUUGGUGUUUUUUGUUCGUUAUCAUGGUUGAAUCUCGAAAUAACUGUCAGGAACGUUCCUGCGUGUCGAGGUUGGUGAAGAAGUAAAAUUGAGAAUGAUGUAGACCUUUUGAUGGAGUCUUUUUAACAAAAGAUUUGGACUGGAUCAAAUAAGAUGGGACAUUAAGGAACCACUCAAUCAUUUACUGCUGCAUUGAACAAGUUUUUUUGAGCAACACGAAAGGGGAUUUGUUUUAGUUAAUUUAACCCAUUGUGUUCAAACAGACUCAAUAGGAUUACAGAGCAUAUAGCCGUAGGAAUUUAUAUCCAUUCAGUCCUGUGCUGCUAUUCCCAUGUGCAUCUUUCACAUUGAGGUAGAUUAUAGUGCCUUGCAAAAGUAUUUCUAUACCUUGAAUAUGUCAAUGUUUUGUUCACAUAUAAAAACAACUUUCAGUGUAUUUUUAGGGGAAUUUUAUAUUAUACACCAGUACAAAGUUGUAUAAUGAAGUAAAUUUAAAAUUAAAUUUGAAAUUACUUGACAACUAAGAAUUGAGGCACUUAGCAUCAGAAGUAACUUGGCUGUUAAAUUGAGUCAUGGAUAUCCUGUGAAGGACUCAAAUGUUGGAAACAUUUUAAAAAAUUGAUUGAUUUGACUUGAACCUUUAUGUUUGUUCACUACUUUGUGCUAGUUUAUCACAUAAAAACCCAACACAAUACAUAGAAACAUGUGGUUUUAUUAUGUCAGAAUGUGGUAUAAAUGCUUUUCCAAUGCACUGUAUAAGUAGUUGUAUGCAGAUUUCUUUGUCUGAAUAACAUGAAGGGUGUUACAAAUGUUAAAACUACAACAAUAAUGGUUGUGAUCUUUUGCUUUUUAAAAUGUGAAACGCUUGAACUUUGGCUGACUAGUUUGACACAAAGAUAUUCUCCUGAUCAGCCUUUUUCAUAACACAACAUGUGUGUAUUAAUCAAACUGGUGCAUUUUCUUUUGUAUUUUUACAUUUUUUCCAACUCCUAUAACACUAAUGUGAACAGACGGGGGAACCAAAGUGAAAUGAGAUUUUAUAAUCCUGCUGUUGGCGAUGUAAUGUUCUGCUCUCGGGGUCAGUAUGAGUGAGCAGACUUUUUCAGUAAUCACCCUUACACUGAAGGAGGUUAAGUGCAGACACCGCCAAGUGUUUGUUUUCUGUGGGACAACAAUGAUCUACCAUGCUCUUAGUCAAUUCCCUCUUCCUUACUCGUAUUUAUAUUGGCUAACUUCAGUGCAAAAAUAUCCUAUUGCUCAGUUUCAUUUUUUUUAGCCCUUUUGAUUUUAGAUUGUUUUAUUGUAUAUUAUUUAAAGGCAUUAUAUCUGUCAUAGUGUGAAUAAUACUCAUAGGGAUUUAGUCCAAUAUGUAUGAGCGGUCCCUUCAUUUAACAUGCUGAACAACUUAUUUAGAUUAAACACGCAUAUUAAUUAAAGUGUAUUUAGAUGUGUAAAUGAUGACCCAGCCUGUUCAGUUUUCCAUUAUUUAUUUCUCUCCAUUCAUGUCGAUCAUUCAGCUAGAGUUUUUUGAUGUUGAUGCACUCGAUACAUGAAAUGGUGUGCUUCUGAGUUGUUUGCCCAGAUCAUAUUUUUAGCACUUUGUUCCCAUUGUACCACUGAUAUGUUACUACCAUUGUGACGGCAGAUUGUUGUUGUGUUAUAAGAGAUGUUAUGACGGAGUGUUUUCUUCCCGAUGUCUCUGGAGCACCUUUGGUUCCUUGUGACUGCCUGUUUUUAUUUAUCAGAUAAUGAGAGAGAGUUGAAUGGCAGCUGUACAAAAAAAAAUGCAUUACAUUUGAUGACAAUCAUUGCAGUUUAUGUUGUUAAAUGUAAAAAUCCCACCAAGUUCUACAUUGAAUUAUGGAUUUUAUUUUGUCAAGGAAGUUUAACUGCAUUUCUGUACACUGUAAGCUUAUUUUCAAGUGUGUUUGACCUUGCAUUUAACCUUGAACUGCACAUUUCCUUCUGUUUUGCCAUCACUGCUACAGUUAACGGUUUAUGCAUAAAUCUCUUUAAGAAAUCAAGUUUAAUUCCUUUCAUUCACAGAAAGUCACAUGGUUAAGAAUUAGCCGUGGUAAUUAACACCUUUGCAAUUGUAUUAUUCAAUCAUUUUUGAUUGAUGCAGUUCUAUAUUAUAGUUCUAUAAUACCUAGAGAUGCACUCAUCAGAAUUUUGAGAUUUCUGAUUCCCAGUUUUUGUAAAACUUUGACCUCGUAGCAACCAGUACCUAAACAGGUAAUUAUGAUAAUGCUAAAUAAUAAACUGAGCUAUUGGAAAUGUAAUGAAGCAAAUAACAUUACCAAUAAUUUUAAGAAGUUAUGGCAUUAUUUACCAGUUAGUAGUAUUAAAAGAAUCCUCUGUAAAUGUAACCACUUUAGCCAGUAAUGUAAUAAUACAUAAAUACGGCCUCAUAUU